AUGGACAGCGACAAGCAUAAGUUGCCAUCUGGCAUGCAUCUCAUUUCCACCAAGUUGGGAUAUAUGCUGUCAGGCAAAAAACAACUCAUAAGACCGAACGUUGUUGUCGUACAAGCGGAGAGUAGUGAUGAAGACUUAGAAGUAUGGGAGAGAUAUUGGAGAAUGGAGUCCUCAGGUACGGAAGAGUACACAGGGACAGAAAAGAAAGAGAAAAAGAUGCUGGAUGACAGAACUUUGAAGAAAUUCAGAAGAACAACAAGAAGAUCGGUAAAUACCUUAAUUCCGCUAGAACUGGAAGAAGCCGAGGAAGAAAAAGAAAACGGAGACUUCAUAGACUAUCCUCGACAAGAGGGAGAAGAACGUGCAAUUAGGAGGCAACGUGCAGCAGAAGAACAGAAGGAACCUGCACUAGAACAAAGGCGUUCUAAAAGAAAACUUAAGAAAAACUUUCCUUAUAAGGCAGAAGAAUAUGACAUUCAUGUUGUAGAAGUUGAAGAAAAUUCCAAGUGUAUUCUAGAAUUCCCCUUUUUCAGGAUGGACACACGAGAAGCCGCCGAGUCGCUAUUAGAGAGCCUGAAUGAGAAGACGAAGUCAAUGUUCGAAGAGCCAGAGAUCCAAAGAAGACUGGACAUAGUGUAUGCGGAUACCAUAGUGCUGCUAUCACGAUCAGAAGACUGUCAGCAAAAGCUGGAGUUCUUGAAACAGGAA